UUCUGGUUGGUCACUUUGAUCAACAGUUAAGUUGUGUUAACCCUUCGCAUUACAAUUGACCUCUCGUAUGAUUAAAAUGUUUACUCACUUAAUUAUUGUGAAUUGAAAGAAUGGUAGGCCUAAAUUGUGUUGUUAUUGUGUAGUGAAACAACACAUCAGUCGCCAGAUCCUAUUUUAAUGUUGCUGUAUUAUAAGAUCUACGCUAGCCUUGGCUUGGUUUAAGCACUUUUAACUUAUGCGACAUCCGGCCUCACACUCGUUAGCCGUAUGCAUGGACCUGCCAUAUGUGCACAUGGCAGCAUGUUUGUCACACACUCCUAGGCUACAUCCCUGUGCCAAUGCAAUCAAGUGGCCGUGGGCGUCAACAUGGGCAACCAUUGCAACAUGCAUAUCAUUUCACAUAUUCAAUUAAUUGAUUAAAUUAAUUUGGUUUAAGACAACAAUCUAGUGUAUAAAAUUGUACAUUAGAUUGUCGUUUAAAAACCAAAUCCGUUGAAUGGAGGGUGAAACCAUUUCUCGUUUAAUAUUAUUGCAUGUCAACAGGUGGUUUAAUUCCAUAUCCACGCACCUCGCAUGCAUCGAUGCAUUCGGUGAUCAGCAGCGGAUCAAGGCUCUGUUGUUCAGUCCCAGCAUGGGCCCGGAAGUUGUUUGGGAUUCCCAGGUAAAAAAAAAUUAAUAAAAAAAAUCCCGGAGAUGCUGUCGUCGCCUGGGAAAACAAACAGCCAUCCAGACAUCUAAGAUCGGGGAAUAUCAGUCGGUCGCCAGGCUUCUGGUGGGAGAAUGAAUGCUGAUGACCGCAAUGACUCCUACUUACCAGGCAGCGGAGGAGACUCAGCUACUGAACAGGACUUUUAUUGUGGGCUUCGAGGACGUUCGGUCAGUUCUUCAAACAGUCAGAAGUCUUCUCCACGCCGCUCCCUUAGUGCAAACUCCAUCAAAGUUGAGUUGUACAGCGACGAAGAACCGGCAGUGGGUCCGCAGCCCAGAGAGUCUGUGAGGGAGGACAGAGACCCCACUAAAGAGGAGCAGAGCAGAGAGCAUGGUGCUGGUGUGUCUGCUGGAGAGAGGGGACACAUCUACAGUGAGCUAACCAGCCCCAAGCCCAUCUCGCCGGGGCCUCUUCGGCUGCCCAAUGGCAAGCUCCAGUGUGAUAUUUGUGGAAUGAUCUGCAUUGGACCGAAUGUCCUUAUGGUGCACAAGCGCAGCCACACCGGCGAAAGGCCCUUCCAGUGUAGUCAGUGUGGAGCUUCCUUCACCCAGAAGGGCAACCUGCUGCGACACAUCAAGCUCCACUCAGGAGAGAAGCCCUUCAAAUGCCCCAUCUGUAACUACGCCUGCCGCCGGAGGGACGCCCUCACCGGACACCUGCGCACACAUGCAGUGUCGUCUCCCAAGGCAGGCAAGACCCUGAAGUGCGAGCGCUGUGGGCGCAGCUACAAGCAGCAGAGCACCCUGGAGGAACACAUGGAGCGCUGCCACAGCUGCCAGCAGAGUCACCAGACCACCGCCGGCACACCAUCAGCACAAGGUGAGGAUUCUCCUGAUCCAGAGCCGAUGAGUAAACCAGUGAUCCAGCCAUCGACUGAAAAGCUCCCGUUUGUGGAGAGGCUCGCGAAUAGCAUCACCAAACGCAAGAGGUCUACUCCCCAGAAGUUUUUGGGUGAAAAGCACAUGCGUCUUAACAUGCCCGAAGCACCUUAUGAGCUGUCCUCUGGUUCUGAGAAGGAAGGGGACCACCUUACCUCCCAGUCUGCUGGGGAGUCUGUCCGGCUGAUGGGAACCAGCUCCAAGUACCUCCAGGAAGGCCGGGUGAAGAGUGAGACCUACGAACCUCCCAAGCUCUCUCAGCCCCACCCCGGCCUCCAGUCUGAACUCCCCAUGGCCAUGGGCUCUGUGUACGGUCGCGUGGCUCCUCAGAGCACAUGUGCCCGUGGCGGGAGUGGCAUGGCGAUCGUGUCCAUCGGUCGGGCGGGGCCGGACACGGGCGAAGGCUGCAACGAGCCUCCCUCCGCCCACAGUGCCAACAACUCUCCCACCGAAUGUCCGGACUCCACAGACACGGAGAGCACGGCGGAAGAGCAGAGCACAGCUGCCCCAACGAGUACCUCCAACCACCGCCACCUGCAGCACCUACACCCCCCCCUGACGCCGGCGACGGCCCGCAGCCGCCCCAGCUCCAUCCCCGGUCCGGCCAAAGACUCCGACCCAGAGUGGGAGAGGGCGUGUCCCGUCCGCCUCUCAGCGGUGAAGAAGAGCCCCGGGUCGCCCCGGUCGUCCAGGGAGAGCUUGCAGGUGGUGGACAGGGAGGGCCGCGCCGUGCGCUGCUUCCACUGCCCGCACUGCCGCGUCCUCUUCCUGGACCACGUCAUGUUCACCAUCCACAUGGGCUGCCACGGCUUCCGCCAGCCCUUCGAGUGCAACAUCUGUGGCCACCGGAGCCAGGACCGCUACGAGUUCUCCUCUCACAUCAGCCGGGGAGAGCACCAGGUGGGCUGAAGGCGCCGGGCGGGCUGGGGGGCCGCAGCGGGCCCAGGUUGGUGGAGGGCGAGGGCUGAGAUGAAUGGUAGAUGGAUGGAGCAGUUAUUGUGUCGGAUCCGGUUUGUUCUGCACCAGGUUCGAUUAUUACUGUAACUAUUGUUAUAGUUAAUGAUAGUAGUGGCAUGACCCUGGUGUAUUUAAGACAAUUUACAGCAGGUCAUACGAGAACAUUCUCUCUCAGCAUCAUACAAUACAAGUGGAGGUACAAAUUAUUAUCGAUUGCACCCCCAAAUGAAAUCAUUCCGCAAAACAUUUUGUUUUGCUCCAAAAGUGCCUUUUUGGGGGGGACUUCCUGUCAUUACAAGAUGUUAAGGAAACCUGGUGCUUAGAAAUUAUCACACCAUCUUUUUUUAAUAAAAGGCUUAUUUGGCACUUUGAUAGGUCACUUGAACUGACUUAUAAUUUGGAUAGAAAAAUAAAUCUAUUGUUCAUAAAAGCUUGUAACAUGGAGCUAAUCAAAGAACAAGCAUAGCACAUACAUCUUAGAAAUAGCAAAUUAGUCUGUUAAAUAUGCACUGAGAGAGCUUUGUA